CUUCUUGAUUCGAGACACAAGAAUAUGUUCACAGACUCAGUAAUAUGUUGAAUUGAAUAUAUUGAAAAGUAAAUAAGAAUAUCAAAAAUUGAGAAUAUUAAAGUGAAGUGAAUUAUUUAAAAUGCUGAUUUUAUUCUUAUUUCUUGGCAGCGCUUCGCUCGUUACAUCACAAAGUCGGUAUCCAUACAAUGACCAACAAAUACAAUAUCUUCAGAACUACAACAGGUUUGAUCGUCAUAUCCCCAAUGCUGGACAUAUAAGUCUCUCAAACCGAGUUGGUGAGGAAGACGAUUCAGAAGUACAAGCUCCGGUUGCUAAGCCUGUUGUUCUUCAGAACGUUGAACCUCAAAAAGAAUUACUAAGCAAUGUUAGUCAUGGAGUCACAAAUUUGGGAAUAAUUUUGAUGAAGAGUGCGAGCCACGUUCAGAGAGGAAAUAUAAUGAUGUCUCCCACUUCUGUGGCCACACUACUGGCUCUGAUGCAGCAAGGCACAUCCGGGGGCGCCCUGCAGCAAAUCACAGAUGCUUUACACAUGGAACAGCAGAUAACAGCUCCAAUAUACAGACGACUAACGAUCGAUAUGCGAAAAAGAAACUCACGCAACAUUCUCACUGUUGCCAACAACGUGGUAGUUGGAGGCGCCUUCGACUUGAACCCAGCCUUCAAAGCGACUGCAAUCAGGAACUUCGGUAGUGAAGUGACGCCUAUGAACUUCGCAAGAUCUGACGAGGCAGCUAGUAAGAUCAAUAAAUGGGUUGCCGAGAAUACUCACGAUAAACUCACAAAUAUGCUACCACCAGACUUAUUCAGUCCUAUCACACAAUUAGUUUUAGUGAAUGUCGUGUACUUUAAAGGACUCUGGGAAACUAAAUUUAACCCAAAAGCAACCCAACCCCGUGAGUUCCAACUCAGCGAUGGAAGAAAAAAAAUGAUUCCUUUCAUGAGAAUGCGGAGCUCUUUUAAAUUUGGUGCUGAUGACAGGACUAAUUCUCUGGUUGCGAUAUUGCAGUUUGAGAGAUAUCAAUACUCACUAAUUCUAAUACUGCCAAAUGAAGAUGCGAAUGUUGACACCGUACUAUCAGUUCUGAAUGACGAUGACGUCAUCAACUACCACAAUUUACCAGCGAACGACAUUCAAAUGGAAAUUCCAAAGUUUACUAUCAAGUCUGAUACAGAUCUGCAGCCAGUCUUAAAAAAUAUGGGAGUGAAGAACAUAUUCGAAGUACAAUCAGAGUUGUCAGGCAUCGGUUUGUAUCGAACCUACCCCCCGCAGAUAUCCAACGCGCUUCACUCCGGCUACUUGGCCAUCGAUGAACAAGGCGUGACAGCAGCCAGUGCUUCCGCGUUUGCAGCUGUUGCCUUAUCACUAGAUGAUCCAUCACCAACGUUCAGAGCGAACAGGCCAUUUAUAGCCAUUCUUUGGGACACGCAGUUUGCUAUCCCGUUGUUUAUGGCACGGGUUGAAGACCCAUCAUUGUUGCAGCCGUAAUAAAAUAAAUAAAAUAAAUUCUCUUUAUUUCAGACCGGACCAUAAAUGUUAGUAUAUCUUAGACACUAUCUUAGUAUAUGUUUUCAGAUUGCAUAAUUUAAUUUUCAACUCGUAAAAUGAGCCUUAUUACAUCGUACUUAGGGCCAUAAACUGAAAUAUAACACACACGAGCAUAAUAAUACUACACACUAGUGCAUAAUAGGAUAAUCCCUACAAAGUUAAGUUAGUACUUUCUGCUAGUUAAUUGAGAGUAAAUAGACCAUUUUAAAUUAACCUCGUAAUACAGUUUCUUUUGUAACAACAAAGAGGUUCUAUGUCGCUGAAAAUCUAUUUACAUUUUUGAAAUAAAUAAAUGUGUCCCUUAUUAAGACAAACAUUUAUUAUUAUCAAAAUAUUGAUAAUUCACAGUAAUCUGUUAUAAAAUAUAUACAUUUUAUCAUUAAAAUUAUAAUUUUGAAGUAGGUAGAUGGCUAUAUGUAAUCAAUCACUUUACAUUUGGUGCGUGGAAAAAAAAAUAACUUACGCGCCAUUUCCUUUAAUUUUGAUACUUUCACAGAGUAGGUACCUCAGGUCAUUUUUACAGCCCGCUCUCGAAUUACCCUCGGUCUUACGAGAUUAAAAACAGAAUAUGAAAGGAUACAAACGGAAUAACCUGAUUGCUUCGCGGCUCGUUUCCUCUGCUCUUCGCUUUGGUAGAUACCGGGCCUUGCUGAAUAAAAGUAGUCCGGACACAAAAAUCGCCGAUAAGUUCAUAGAUAUAGAUAAAUAGUUCAUAGAUAAUAAAUAAACACUGUGUAAUAA